UUAAUUAUCGGAUCAUAUGUUUGGGUGUUUGAAAUAUAGAUUUUUAUGAAAUAUACUAACUACAAACCCUAAAUUCAAACAAUAUUAAUUGAAUAGAAUCUUAACUCUUAUACUAAAUAAAUUCUUUGAAUAUUUCUUAUUUAUUCAGUGUCAUGCCACGUGUCCUAGCAGAUAUGAAAAUGUGACAGCAAUAAUACAACCGGGUAUGGAAUAUCAUUACUACUUUACAGAUUCGACCGUUAGACCUUAGAAAGCAAAGUCCAACGUGUCUUGUCCACUUUCUUCAAAUUUUAAAUUUUGAACGCUUUUGCCUUUCCCUUUUCCUAUCAAAGCAUAUUCGAUUUCAACCCUUUAAAAUCAACUUUAAAUCAAUCUGUUUUGAGAUCAUAGAUUCCUCUUUUUGUCAUAGAAAAAAUGGCGUUGAGACCCAUUGAUAAUGCACUCCCGAUUCCGCCAGAGAGACCCAAGAAACAAGCCAAAGUGUCGAUUCCAAUCCAGAAAAAACCAUCAGAAUGUGGUGUAAAAGACGAGAACAAGGCUCCUUUGCCACCAUCUGAGAAUCGGGAUGCCUCCGUUGAUUACAUCUCUUCUGAGAAUCUCAAACCCUUUCAAGACCCAGAAUCAAACAUUCAUAGCUUAGUCGAAGGGUUGGAUUCAAAGGAUUGGAUUAAGGUGUGCGAGUCAUUGAAUGAUGCUAGGCGGUACUCUUUGUAUCACUCCACCCUACUGCUUCCAAUCUUAGAGAAAGUGAUGUUGGUAGUUGUGAAGGCAAUGAAGAACCCAAGAAGUGCUCUUUGCAAGACAUCGAUUAUGGCUGCUUCGGAUAUCUUCAAUGCCUUUGGUGAAAAGUUGCUUGAUUCCACUGAUUCUGGUGCAUUUGAUCAGUUGUUAUUGCAGCUGUUAUUAAAAGCUUCUCAGGACAAGAAGUUUGUGUGUGAAGAAGCUGAUAAGUCGCUGACUGCAAUGGUUAAGUCCAUUGCUCCUUUGCCUCUGCUUCAGAAGCUUCGCGGGUAUGUUAAUCAUGGCAACCUCAGAGUCAGAGCUAAAGCUGCUGUUUCCAUUUCCGAUUCUGUUUCCAAGAUGGGGCUGGAAGAAAUCAAAGAGUUUGGGUUGGUUACACUGCUUCAAAUGGCUGCAGAUUUGCUGAAUGAUAGACUGCCGGAGGCCAGAGAGGCUGCAAGAAGCAUUGUAUUUUCUGUACACAAGGCAUUUACAGAAAAUGAAGAGAAGAAUCCGGAGGAGGCUUGGCAAAGCUUGUGCCAGACAAAUUUAUCACCCAUUCACGCUCAGUCCAUGAUCAAAGUUAUUGCUUCUCAUUAGAAUUUAGAGUAACAGAUUAUAGCAGCAGCACGGGUGGUAGAAAGCUAGGGGUUGGUUUCAUGUAAAUGCUGUUUUUACAUGAUUCUAUAGAACAAUUGUUUCGUCCACUUUCUUUGUUUAUUCUUUCUUUAUCCUUGAAUUGAAAUCGACUUCAAUCGCACAUUUCAU